CUUCUUCCCGCACAUUUCGCAUCACGUUCCAGGCCUUCAUAGCGCACAGCGCCGCCGCGGCUCGAUAUCGGCAUGGACUAUGGCCAUGGCGAUGGCGAACCCUGCACCUCCUCCAACCUUCUCCUCGCAAUCCCGAGCAUUCGUCCCAAGCAUCUCACUGCGAAGCAGCAGAGCUAUAUCGCAACCCCGAGCCCUAGCUCUAACCGCAACGACCGCGUGCUCCAUCCGCCUCCGCGUGCGGGCCACCAAAGACGACUGCUCGGCCCCGCCGUAUCCGCUCUCUGAGGUUCUCCCCUACGUCGCCGCGGAGUGGCGGGCCAUCGCGAAGGGGUGGGCGUGCGCCGCCGCCGCCGUGUACUGCCUCUCGCGCACGGUGCCCGCCGCGGGGCGCCUUCCUCGCGCUCUGGCCGCCGGCGCGGGCGGGGGCGUGUCGGCGGAGGUUUCGAGAGGCGUCGUCGCGCUCGCGGCUCUCGCCUCCGCGCGCGCGGCCGCGGCGUACGUGCAGCAGGCGUUGCUCUGGGAGGCGGCGCUGCGGGCGGUGGCGCGCCUGCGGGGGCGCGCCUUCGAGCGUUUGCUCGCGCGUGACCUCGCGUUUUUCGAUGGCAGAGAAGGGAUGGCCCCAGGAGACAUCGCGCACCGGAUCACGGAUGAGGCGGACGACGUUGCGGACGCUGUGUACUCUGUUCUCAAUACAAUUGUGCCGACAAGCUUGCAGUUGAUAGCAAUGGGUACUCAAAUGGUGGCAAUAAAUCCUCAGCUCUCAUUAGUUGCAGCAAUGGUAAUUCCAUGCAUGUCCAUAGUCAUUGCAAAGCUUGGUGAAAGACUCCGUCAAAUAUCCAAGCAGGCGCAUCUUAGCCUCGCCAUGCUUGCAGCCUAUCUCAAUGAUGUACUUCCAUCGAUGCUCACUGUGAAGGUAAAUAAUGGGGAGCACAAAGAGAUGUUACGAUUCCAUGAGUUGGCUUUUCUUGAUCUGAAGAAUAAUUUGGGUAAGAAGAAGAUGAAAGCUCUCAUACCUCAAGCUGUUCGUACUACAUACAUUGCAGGCCUGGUAGUGCUUUGUGCUGGUUCAGUAGCAGUUUCUGGAACCACAUUUGAUCCCGAGGGGUUUCUUUCUUUCCUAACAGCACUUGCUCUUUUUGUUGAGCCUAUUCAGGAUUUUGGCAAGGCAUAUAAUGAAUAUAAGCAAGGAGAACCAGCAUUAGAACGCAUAUUUGAUCUAACAAGGUUCAUCCCUGAGGUGAGGGAUAAACCAAGUGCAGUUCAUUUAAAUUCUGUUAAGGGAGAUAUUAAGUUCCAUGAUGUUACAUUUAGAUAUGUUGCCGGUAUGCCACCAAUAGUAGAUGGUGUGAAUCUUCAUAUCAGAGCAGGAGAAACUAUUGCUAUUGUCGGACCAUCUGGUGGAGGGAAAACCACUCUUGCCAAAUUACUCCUCCGGCUUUAUCAUCCACAAAGUGGAUAUAUAGCUCUGGACAACCAUGACAUUCAAGACAUUCAGCUACAGUGCUUGAGAACACAUAUUGCGUUUGUUUCACAGGAUCCGAUGUUAUUUUCCGGUACAAUUGCUGAAAAUAUUGCGUAUGGUGACCCUGCGGGAGAUAUUAAUAUGAGAAAAGUUGAGAAUGCUGCUAAGAUUGCCAAUGCCGAUGAGUUCAUUAAGAUAUUGCCAGAGGGAUAUGACUCGUAUGUCGGACAGAGAGGUUCUAGCUUAAGUGGAGGGCAAAAACAAAGGUUAUCUAUCGCGAGGGCAAUCUACCAGAACUCUUCCAUACUGGUACUGGAUGAAGCAACGUCUGCUUUAGAUAGCAGGUCUGAGCUGCUACUCAAAGAAGCACUGAUGAAUCUGAUGGCAAAGCACACGGUUGUCAUCAUUGCUCAUCGGCUGGAAAUGAUCCUGAUGGCUGAUAGAAUUGUUUUACUAGAGGGCGGUGAAGUGCAAACGAUCACAAGGUCGGCUUUCUUGUCUCGAGAUGGCCGCUUCGGUUCACCACCAGAUGUCCUGAGUCGAGAACUAGGAGAGGCUUGAGACUACGAGGGAAAAGGUGGAUUGUUUGGCUUGGCACUGCAAUGCGGACGUCAAGGAAAGCUCCCUUGUAAUAAGCUCAUGCACUGCUUUCAGUUGUGCUCUGUGCCUUGAUUUGGGCUUCUAAAUCGCUGAAUGUCAGAAUCAGGUACCAAACUAAGUGACACAAAAGAGAGAAUCGGCAAAUUAAUGAUAUAAAAUGACUAGAUUUGACUUA